AUGCAGUCGGAUAUUCAAGGUUUAAUCUCAAAAUUAACCAACCAAGUAAAUGAAGGUAAUCGAGCUGCCUGCAAGAAAUGUGGCUAUGCUGGCCACCUGACCUUUCAGUGCCGAAAUUUCAUAAAAGCCGAUCCAAGAAAAGACGUUUUGUUGGAUGUGAGCAGCACAAGUUCCGACACAAGUGAUGAGGAUGCUGAAGAAUUUAUCUCUCCAUUGGUGCAGCUGCGGCAAUCAGAACAAGAAAAAAAAGCUAAGAAGUCAGGAAAAAAGGCUAAGCACAAGAGUCAUAUGAAGAAGAACAAGAAAAAAGACAAAGAUACACGUUCGAGGUCCCCCAUAAAAGUGAAACACUCCAAGAAGAAAAGCCGGCACCAUAGUUCUUCCUCAGACAGCAUUGCAGACAGUUCUUCAGACUCUGACAGUGAGUCAGUGACGGAGGAGAAAAAAGGCAGUGACCAAAGCAAAGAAACGGAGAAAGACAAAUCGGCAAAAAGCAAAAGACAUCAUCGCAGUGAAAAUGAGAAGGAUUACAAGAAACACAAGAGCAAGAAAAAAUUGUCCAGUUCUGAUUCGGGGACGGAAGCUAAAAAGUCCAGUCACAGAAGCAAAAGGAAAGGGCACAAAGAGCCGAAACCUGAAGAAUCCUCACAGAAAAAUCGGCACCACAAAAAGAGUAAGAAACACCACAGAUCGAAAGAGAAGCAAUACAAUCACUCAUUUUCUGAAAUUAGUGACUAA